CCCCCCCCCUUUUUAUUGUUUUUUCUUCCUCCCCUCCUCCGCCAUGAGUUCCUACGUCGCCAAUUCGUUUUAUAAGCAAAGUCCCCCCGUUGCUGCCUAUGCCAUGCAAAGUUAUGGAAAUUAUGGAAGUGUGCCUGAGGUUCAGUCCCCCAGGUACCGCUACGGCGGCUUGGAUCUAAGCAUCACCCUCCCCUCCUCCGGGGCUGCCAGCUCCCUGGACAUGGCUGCGACCCCCCGAGCUAACCCCGAGCGACCUUCCUGCACGGUCAUGGGUUCUUCAGGGCAUCCUUUAGCCAGAGAUGAGCAAGCAGCCCUAAAUCCCGGGAUUUACAGUCAGAAGAGUGCUAACACGCCGCUGGAAGAGAGAUCUAAGAGCUCGGCUGAAAUCAAAGCUGAGCCCGUGCAAACAGCACAACAAGGAGGACCACAACUGCAGCAGCAACAACCUCCACAAAUUUACCCCUGGAUGACCAAACUACACAUGAGCCAUGAAACGGAUGGGAAACGCUCCCGAACCAGCUACACCCGCUACCAAACUCUGGAACUAGAGAAAGAAUUCCAUUUUAACAGAUACCUGACCCGGCGGAGGCGCAUUGAGAUCGCCAACAACCUCUGCCUCAACGAGAGACAGAUUAAAAUCUGGUUUCAAAACCGGAGGAUGAAGUGGAAGAAAGAUUCCAAGUUGAAAAGCAAAGAGGCUCUUUAGGUGG